GUAAGAUAAGAAAUUAGACCAGUUUGAGGAGUAUACUUUUCUAACCUUAUCAUGUCUGACCAUCAGCUUAGAGCUUUCAACUGCCGCACCGCUAUAAUAAACCCACCAUCCAACCCUUUUUUUUUAAAUUCAAAAUCAAUUAAAGCUUUCUGUGGCAGGGUGCGUAUCUGCGCUCAAGAAGAAAGCUAUGGCUCCAUCUGGAAAGAUCAUCGCAAUAAUAAUGAUGGGUUUGGGUCUGAUUAUGAUUGCCCGCACAGUUUCCGCCACCGAUCCAGAUUUGCUUCAAGAUGUCUGCGUUGCUGAUCUCAACUCAAGUGUGAAGGUGAACGGAUUCGCGUGCAAGAAGGAAUUCACGGCGGCGGACUUCUCGUCAAAGGCGAUCGCGAAACGCGGAGCGACCAACAAUACGAUGGGCUCAGUAGUGACGGCGGCGAAUGUGGAAAGAGUCCCUGGGCUGAACACCCUCGGCGUUUCCAUGUCCCGUAUUGAUUACGCUCCCCACGGCGUCAACCCUCCUCACACCCACCCACGCGCCACCGAGAUCAUCUUCGUUCUCAACGGGGAGCUCGACGUCGGCUUCGUCACCACCGCCAACGUCUUGGUCUCCAAGCACAUUACCAAGGGAGAGGUCUUCGUCUUUCCCAGGGGCUUAGUCCAUUUCCAGAGGAAUAACGGCAAAGCCCCCGCCGCUGUGAUCGCCGCCUUCAACAGCCAGCUUCCGGGAACUCAGUCGAUUGCCGCCGCCUUGUUCGCGGCGUCGCCCACCGUCCCCGAUGAAGUGUUGACUAAGGCGUUCCAUGUUGGGACGAAAGAGGUGGAGAAAAUCAAGUCUAGGCUGGCACCUAAUAAGAAGUAAAGUAACGCCCACGUCGCACACCUUUCCAUUAUUAUUAUUUGAGAUAAUUAUAAUUUAAGUCAAAUACAGUUGUGAUUUAUACUCCACUAGUAUUUCGAGCUAUGAACCCAGCUCAAUACAGCAGUAGUCCGGAUAAUUUAUGUCAAAUACAGUUGUGAUUUAUUAUAUUUUAUACUCCAUUAGUUACCCUACUUUUCUUCUUAUUAAUUUUGGAGUUGUGCGGUUCAAAUGAGGUCAUAAGUUUUUUCACUUAGAUGAGUUGCCCCAUUUGAGCCACAUAGUAGGAUGGGCUAAAAAUGGGGUACCCCAUUUUGGAGUACCUAUAGUUUGUUAAUUUUAUCAAUCAAAUUUUCUAUGUAGUAUUAAAUACAUACUACUUUCUUUCCAAAAAAAUACUUUUCGGAUUGACUUGGCACACUUAUUAAGAAAGUGAGAAUAAAGUGGAAAUGUAUGAUUGUGGUUGAGUAAGAAAAAUGUAAGUGAAUGUGUGUCACGCAAAACUUUCCAAAAAAGAAAAUUAGAAGUGUUUUUUGGGAUGGUCCAAAAAGGAAGGUGUGAAUUAUAUUUUGGGAAAGGGGGAGUAAUUUUUUAUUUUGCGCAUCAAAUUAUACAAUAAUCAAAAUAAAUCAAAUUCAAAUUGAUCUUCUGGCUGAAUUUACUAUAAAAGAUCAUUUUAGUUAAUUUAAUACAACUUUUUCUUUAUUUUAUCAAUAAUAUAUAUUUUGAUUUUUUUUUGUAAUUCAGCAUAAUUAGCUUAUUCAAUCACUUACCCUAGAACUUCAUAAAUAUCACCAAAUAAGAUGAUUAAGUCAAUUUCAGUGUUACUAUAGAACCUAUUUGGCUGAUUAGCCUUAUCAGACAACUUUUUCAUCAAACACGAUAUUUUUGAUUUCAAACGUUGAAUUGUGUUAUAAUCAAAAUAAGUAAGAUUAGGGUUAUUUUUGUGACCGAAUUGGCUGAAGUUAUUGUAUUGAUCAUUCUAGUUAUUUUCUAUGUUACAAGAACCGUACCGGAAAGCAACCCGGCUGAACAACCAGGUCACGGGGUA